AGCAGCGUUGAAAUGACACCGUGGGAAAGCUGAGCGCUUCAAACGGAGGCGCUCCGGGCAAACCCUGUACAGACGAGCGUCUGGCAGACACAACAAGCACACUGAAGGACUAUACUGAGAGCGAAAUACAAAAUGAAGAGAAAUCACGAUUUUAGCUCCUCGGACAGCGAGCUGGAUGAGACUAUUGAAGUGGAGAAGGAGAGCACAGAUGAGAAUGGGAAUAUGAGCUCUCCUCUGGGCUCCAUGUCUCCCACUACAUCCACUCAGGUGCAGGCGAGGAAAAGGCGUCGAGGAAUAAUUGAGAAACGGCGCCGUGACAGGAUCAACAACAGCCUCAGCGAGCUCCGCAGGCUGGUCCCCAGCGCCUAUGAGAAACAGGGCUCAGCCAAACUGGAGAAGGCAGAGAUUUUGCAGAUGACUGUUGACCAUCUGAAGAUGCUUCAUGCAGCUGGAGGCAAAGGUUACUUUGACGCCCAUGCCCUGGCGAUGGACUACCGUGGUUUGGGUUUCAGGGAGUGCCUGGCUGAGACGGCCCGCUACCUGAGUAUAAUCGAAGGCUUGGACAACACAGACCCCCUGAGGAUCCGCCUGGUCUCCCACCUCAACAACUACGCCAGUCAGAGAGAGGCUCACUCUGGCCUGAGUCACCUGGCGUGGGGCUCUGCGUUUGGGUCCCCUUCAGCCCACCUCGCCCACCACCCCCUCCUCCUCCAGCACCAGCAGGGGGCACCUCUGGCGCCUUUACCCCGCAGCACCACCAGCAGCCCGCAGACCCCUCUGUCAUCCACGUCUGCCUCGUCCACCUCCUCCUCCUCCUCUUCGUCAUCCUCGUCCUCGUCGGGGGCCGGGGAGGCUCACAUCCCAGGCAGACGCAGCAGCAGCAGCAGCACCACCACCACCCCUCACUCGGAUCAGGGCCCGAUCCGAGUCCCACCGACGACCGCUGCUCCCACCACCGUCCUGCACCCUCCUUUGGUCCCCUCAUCGGCAUCCAAGCUCUCCCCUCCUCUCCUCUCCUCCCUCUCAGCGUUCCCCUUCCCCUUCAGCGCCUUCCCCAUCAUCUCCCCCACCACUGCCAUCAGCCCCCCAGCCCCAACAUCCAGUGUGGGGAAACCCUAUAGACCCUGGGGUAUGGAGAUAGGAGCUUUCUGACUAAAGUGAACUCCUCAACACAAUCUACACAUAGACUCGAGUCACCACCCAGCUGAGCUGGACUUUCAAGGACAAGACUUUUUAUUUUCCCUGCUACAAAAGUACUAUUUUUUCUAUGAUGUUGACAUCCCACAGAGGAUAUACCUAGCUAUAGGAUUUUUAUUUUCCUGCUAAUGUAUUUUGUUUUGUAUAGAAGAAAAAAAAAAGUGAGGAGGGAGACCACGAGUAAAAAGCAACAAGAGUGAUUUAUUGUGUUGAUUGAUCUGAGUUCCUGCCCACCCCCUUUAGAAGUUUCACCCACUGCUGUCAGCCUAUCAGGAAUGGCGUUUCCAGAUGGUCAAGCAGUCGCCGUCCAUCAAGUUCCUGGGUGAAACUGUGCCCCCUCCUCUCCCCUUUGUUUUCCCCUCCCUUGAGCUGAAACACCCAGUGUUGAUGCCCUGGUUACACACACACACACACACAGAGAGAGAGAGAGAGAGAGAGAGAGAGAGAGAGAGGGUGGUGUGUGAAAAGGAGGGCUCGAGGUGGUAGAGAGUCACCCCCUUUUUACAGCAUUUUAUGGGGUGGAAUAACCGAAACCAGGUGUUUUGUUUGACUAAAUACUGGGAACAGAAGUUAGCUACCAGCUUGGCUGAAAUAAACUUAACCGUGAUUUACCCGCAACCUCUGAUGUUCAGAUGGUGCUCUAUUGUUUCAAGCUCACUUCCUCAAGUUAUGUUUCCUCUCUACAGUAAAUUCUGUCUUUAACAGUUGAAGCUUCACAUAUGUUUUUACCAGCUUUUCCAGGUUUUUUUUCUCAUGUAAAUGAUGUUAGGGUGAUAUUUAUCACCAUGUCUCUUGUAUUUGCUUAACAUAUCAGCAUUGUCAAGCAGUAUUUACCAAGAGGGAGUCAAGCUGUAACCAUCAAAGCAGUUGCAUUUGAAAAAGGUCAUACAGUUCAUUUUAUGUCAUUAUUGACUUUAGAGACAGUUAGAAACUCUAACUCAUCAUUCCCCCCUGAUAUUUCUUGGUAAACCUCACUGUGAGUUUGCAUAUUUUAUGGUUGUACAAAACACAAGCGAGCACUGACAAAUCAGAUUAUCAGCUUUUCAGAGUUGUUGCUGGUGGUAAUGACAACUUCCCUGUAAUAAAAGAGUUCUGAUACAUCA